AUGUCCACAAUACCUCAACCACCGAACACAACCGGAACCCCUGCAACUGGAUCCUCUUCAAUUUCCGCCCCGAAGUCACGAAGAAGCUUCCCGAUUACAUCCGAUGCAUCAAGGACGCAGUUUCAAGUAUCUGCCAAAGCACGCACGCCCUCUAGCCCGAAACUGUCAUUGGGCAACAAGCCUCCUCUGAGCCACUCAGCUUCGAAUGCUAGCGCGCCCAGGUCGGUUUCUGGAAUGCGCGCACCCAGCAGUCCUGAAAAGUCACUACGUCGAACUAUCAGCAUUGCAGCUUUUCCACAACCACCAAGGGCCGCGAGCCGUCCAUCAACCGCAUCGUCAAUAUCAGGGAAUCAAAGUCUACAUUCGUCCGGGAGUGUAAAAAUGAAGAGGGGGUCCCGGUUAAGCGUCGGGACAACAAGCAGCUACCGAAGCUCGAAAACUCCUUCGCUAUUGAACGGAGGUGCAGAUGGGAAAGCCAUUCUGAGUGCAGAAAUUCGAGACCCGGAGGCCUCUCCCUCGCAAAGCAGAAGUUCCUCCGCCCAAGGGUCAUAUUCUACAAGUGCAACCACUUUCGAAGAUGGUGAUGACGCGACCGGCAUAUCCAGGUCGGAUUCAAAGCCAAAAGAGGCCAAGGGUAACGUCAUCGUGAGCGUUCGUGUACGUCCAGAUGUCAACGGAAAUGAUCCCUCAAAGACUAGCGGGGAUUGGACACUGGAUGCACGACGAAGUCUCAUAUCUUUUCAGGGGAAAGAAGGGGGGGACUAUUUUUAUGAUAACGUCUUUACCAGCCAUGAACACAAUGCCAAGGUCUAUGACGCUGCGGCAAAACGCCUUGUACGCAGGGUAAUGGAAGGCUAUCAUGGUACUGUCUUUGCCUACGGCAUGACUGGCACGGGAAAGACCUUCUCAAUGCAAGGAAUUGCCACCUCGCCAGGAGUGAUACCACUAGCCAUAACAGACAUAUUUUCGUUUAUCAGGGAAACGCCACAUCGAGAAUUUUUGCUUCGCGUCAGUUAUCUGGAAAUUUACAACGAGAAGAUCCACGACUUACUUUCCGCGUCCGGUCCAAACGGUGCUGCUGGCCCUCAGCAGGAGGAAAUCAAAUUGCGAGAGGAUAGCAAACGGGGUGUAUACGCUACUCCUCUGAAAGAGGAAAUUGUUCAGAGUCCCACCCAGCUCCUUCGCGUGAUUGCAAGAGGUGACCAUGCGAGACGUACCGGCAGCACUCAAUUUAACGCUCGCAGCUCACGAAGCCAUGCGGUCGUUCAAAUAGUUGUGGAAAGCAGAGAACGGGCUCCCGCUAAUACCUCUCAAGACCGGCGAUCUGGUAUGGCCCCAGGCGGUGUUCGAGUAUCAACACUAAGUUUGAUCGACUUGGCUGGAUCUGAACGCGCUGCCGAGGACAAAGAACGGCGCACGGAAGGUGCCCACAUCAAUAAAAGUCUACUCACUCUAGGCACCAUUAUAUCGCGCCUUUCCGAUGAUAAGGAUAAACCCGCCAGUACCGCUGAUCGUGAGGGUCGGCAUCUGCCGUAUCGAGAUAGCAAACUCACGAGGUUGCUUCAGCCUGCAUUAUCAGGCAAUUCUCUCGUGAGCAUACUCUGUACGAUUCAACUCGGGGGUGCAGCCAAUAUGCAGGUGGCUGAAACCCUCAAUACUCUCAAGUUCGCCGCACGAGCAAAGAACAGCAUUGUCAGUCACGCUAGGAAAGCGGAGGAGGCUUUUGGUAGUGGUGGUGGCGAUGCAGGCAGUCGGGUUCUCCUGGAGCGUUAUCGUGUGGAGAUCCAAGCCCUUCGUGGCCAACUGGAAAGUCAGACUAAAGCCCAGGCCGAGAAAGAGCUGAAGCUGGAGGAGCAGCAGCUGGAAAAGGAAGCACAAACACGCCACGAAGAACAAAUGCUCGAGAUGCAAUUGGCUCGGACAGCCCUGAAAGAACGAAUAGAGCAUCUCAAUCGGCUCAUUCUCUGUUCAAAAUCAACCGGCGUGAACAUUUCGGGGUCUCUAUCUGCCCUUGGUCGUCUCUCUAGAAUGUCCAUUACAGAAUCCGGCUCCCGAUCCUUACGUUCCUCAGCUAGCCAGUCCACACUGGCGGCAUUCGGGCAUUCUUCUACUCGACCCAUCUCGUUUCUUUCUGUGAACAGUAACGAGGGUUCGCCGAACCUUCCCUUGUCCGGCGGAGCUGCUGGUAAUGACGAUGAGGAUGAUAGCCUUGGUGAAUAUGCAGACGGCAGGGCGAGUUCUCAACGGCAAAUUGCCGCUCUCCAGGCCGACCUAGGCGACAAAAACCGAUAUAUCUCCACUUUAGAGAGGCGUCUUCUACAGGCUCGACGCUCAAGUCAUUCUCGUAUGUCGGUUGGUACCAAACCCGGAAGCUCUUCAUUCGAGAGCCCAGAUACGAUUACCUUGCUCCGUGAGAAGGACAUGGAAAUCAACGAGCUCCGUCAACAGUUGGACGAUAAGGACAGGAUGUUAGCUGCGCUCCGGUCCGCUGCACGCCAUCGCGAUCUUGCCCACCUUACGGCCGAUGGGUACCCCUUGGAUGACAAGGAUAAAAUCGACCACAUUGACAUUCCCAGCAGUCCUAGCCUCAUGCCGCCACUGAAGGGUGAUGAUACUGGCUGUCGGCGAAAGGGCAUGGAUGAAGUCUCCCGAAUUCUCGACGAAAUGAUUCAAGAUCGAAUCGAGAAUGGCCACCUCGUCAAGGGGUCUCAUGGGAGUGUGCAAGUAGCUACCGACAGUCGCCGUGCGUCUGGCUCUGUAGCCGGUGUACCGGGCCUGAACUCGGGGCCUACUAUUCCAGAAAACGGCCUCGGAUAUUCAACUUCGGGCUGA